AUAGACUUCUGCGUUCAUAUUUCAAUGGCGUUUUUCCUUCGCGAUAUUUACAAGCAAAAUAUGUUUUCCAUGACCGCAUGGUCAUCAAUUACGGACUUGAGUAUUGUGAAACUAACUAGCCGGCGUUUGUAGCACAUCAAGAUCGCAAGACAUGUCACAGGGCUUGAUAGGCCUAGCAGGCUUUUUAGCGGCCUUAGCAAUAUUUGCCAACUUUUCAAUUCACAAAAUUGAAGAAGGUCAUGUUGGUGUUUAUUAUAGGGGUGGCGCGCUGUUGAGCAGUGUGAGUUCUCCAGGCUACCACUUCAUGGUUCCUUUCAUUACGUCGUUUAGGAGUGUCCAGACUACUUUGCAGACAGAUGAGGUGAAAAAUAUUCCAUGUGGUACAAGUGGUGGUGUCAUAAUCUACUUUGACCGCGUUGAGGUGGUUAACAAGCUGGACGUGAGCGCAGUGCAUCAGAUCGUCAAGGACUAUACAGCAGACUACGAUCGCGUGCUCAUCUACAACAAAAUUCACCAUGAGCUCAACCAGUUCUGCAGCGUUCAUAACCUCCAGGAGGUCUACAUUGAUCUCUUUGAUCAAAUUGAUGAAAACCUGCGAGCCUCUCUGCAAAAGGACCUAAUAGAAAAUGCUCCUGGACUCACAGUGCAAGGUGUCCGUGUAACCAAGCCCAAAAUCCCCGAGACGAUCAGGAAAAAUUAUGAAAUGAUGGAGGCUGAAAAGACCAAGCUGUUGAUAGCAGUUCAAAAACAGAAAGUUGUUGAAAAGGAAGCAGAGACUGAUCGCAAGAAGGCUAUCAUAGAGGCUGAAAAAAACGCGUCUGUUGCUAAGAUACAGUGGGAACAGAAGGUCAUGGAGAAAGAGUCAGAAAAGAGAAUGUCUGAAAUUGAAGAUCAAACCCAUCUUGCGAAGGAAAAGGCAAUGGCAGAUGCUAAUUAUUACAGAGUACAGAAAGAGUCAGAGGCAAACAAAUUGAAGCUUACAAAGGAGUAUUUAGAAAUGCUCAGAUACCAGUCAGUAACAGCUAACACGAAGAUGUUCUUUGGUACCAAUAUACCACAGAUAUUCAUGGACCCAUCCUCUUUUGGGAAAUCCGCAGAUAUUGCUCAAUCUUCUUCAAAGUCGACGCAAUGAUCAUUCCAGUUUUCGAACAUUUCAAUGGCUGCAGAUACAUGAAUGUGAUAAAGAACAUUUUCGAGACAACUUCUCUACCAGACGGUGCCUUCCAUUAUCUAUUAGUUGAGUGUUUCCUGAUGCAAUCCAUCAUCUGUCAAUUAUUAGUUGAGUGUUUCCUGAUGCCAUCAUCUUUCGAUAAUAAGUUGCAUGUUUCGUGAUAAAGAGCUGUAUGUUUGAGUCACUCAGGUUAUGUGUGUAGUUUCAAGAAAAUCUUACAGCAAAUGUAGAUAUAUUUAUAAUUUUAUGCAAAAGUACUUUAAUGGUAUAAACAGCUGCUAUGUGUCAACUCAUAUUGAUCCCUUUUCUCAAACUUAAAUGUGAUCCUAGUACAAUAAGGUACAGUCGAUACCUCAAACUUGCUGGGAUCGACAACAAAGUUUGAGCCAUCAGGAAUUUUAGUCAACCGAUUUCUAAUAUACAUAUGUUUACUAAGAUAAAUCUGCAAUAGAGUAACAUCUCCAGUUGAAGUGAAUGCAUAUUGCCUUUACUCUGUAUUACUUUAUGCUUUUGAAUUGAUAAGAACCAAAUGUAUACUAAAUAUUUUCAUUAUAUAUUUUAAAACAGUUACACAUACAAUCAAACAAAUAUCAUAUUAUAAAUGUUUAUUAUAUAAGCCCGUUUUUACGUAGCAUAUUUACGACAAUAUGUAAGGAACAACAAUAAGAAACAAAACAUACAUAACUAUUAUAUGCUCAUCACUGAAAUAUUAAAUGACACGACAUGUAUUUAUUUAUUCACUUGAGUUGUUUUUUUGUCAAGAAUGUCAUGAAUUAUAGAUACAAUUUUUCUUUUCCAUCAAGUUGACAUGGUACAUAUUGUGCUGCAGCCAUUUCAGACAUAAUAAUACAUCAUGUAUAAAGCAUUUAAUCAAGCGCUUCUAUGGUAAUUGAUUAACAGCUUGAUGCGUCCUAAAUCAAUUUAAAGCCAAUCAAACAAAAGAUUAUGCAAAAAUUGUGACUGUGACUGUGAAAAGAGUUCGAACCAUCUGAUUAUUUAAACCCUCAUGAAGCCAUUUAGCCAUUUGACAGAAAUUGAUAUGAAUGUACAGCAAUAAAAAAUCUGUGCUAUGAAGAGAGUUUGAGCCCACAGGAUAUCGGAGCCAAGCGAGUUCAAGCCAUUGGGUUUUGACUGUAUGUUUGCAGAAUGUUUAAGUGUGAAAGUAUCAAUUCUGCUUUAAAAUGUGUCUGCCUUUGCUUUAAUUUGUUUUUUGUUUUCUUUAGACUAUUUAAAUUAAUAAUUACGGUAAGUAUGUAGUUAAUUGUGAUUAAGUGCAUUGUAUAACUGUUCACAUUUACAAUUUUAUCUCAAUAUGUUAGUAUGAAAUUAGCUAGGAAUUUGGUCAGCCUUUGAUAAAAUAUGGUUGUUGUUUUUUGAGACUGUAUAGAUUAAAAUAAUCUCGUGGUGAUUGUGAUUAAGUGCAAUGUAUAACUGUUAUAAUGAACAAUUUAUCUUCACAUAUAUAGUUGUUCUGUGUACUGACACCCUAUAUUUUGAUUUUAUUUAUUAAUAUUUCAUCACUCAUACUCGGUAUGGUAUGUUUUUUUCUUGCAGCCUGAUAAAUCAUUAUCCAAGACAAGUAUCUUGUUUGAGAUCUAUUAUUUCUGUAUUGUACUGUAUUACAUGUAUUGUUUACAAUAUUUGCUACUGUAUGGUAUGUAAAACAUCAUCUGCAUGUCAAUUUCUAUAUUAACUAAACAGUAAUCUGGUUGACUAUUUAAAGGUCAUAAAUUUAUAAUCAAUGUCGUUGUGUGUAUUCUAAAUAUUGGAACACAAGAUGUUGUUUUGCAGCAUCUAUCAACUAUAAAAUAUCCAAUGCAAUUUAAUCCAUUAUUUCAGUUAACAUUUCGUCUUAAUGUUGAUUUAAACUUUUUAUUUGUAACCAAGAAAAUCAAAAUGUGUUUCAAAUGUCCUGUUCAUAUUGUACCUGUGUAUUUGUUGAUAGGAAACAUGUUCAUCUGAAUAUUGUUGGUAUAUAUCUGUGUUAUCGUUGUAAUUAUUAUUAUUUAAUGAUAAUCAUAUUCAGGUACGCUGCACGUUUCAUGUUGUCAUCAUAAAAUGUGAUCAAACGUUUGAUAGAAACAAAUAAUUAUUGAUAUCA